AUGCAAGAAUCUGUUCGCAGUUUACUCUCGAGCAGUGCCUCUGCUACUCUCGAUAGUGGUCUCACCUCUUCUGUAUCAUCUAUUUUGACCGUUUCCGAGCACCUCGACUCGGUAACGAAUAUUCUGCGAGACCUGUGGGCAGAAAUUCUGAAUGAGGACCCAGAAGACAUCCAGGAAGAUACAUCCUUCUUUGACCUCGGCGGCGACUCGGUGUUAGCUUCAGAAUUAAUCUCUCUGGCCAAACAGAAAUCCCUAGGGCUCAAUAUUCAAGAUGUGUUCGAGUACCCAGCUUUGCACGAGAUGGCUACGAAAUCGUAUCCUCUUGUUGAGCAACGUGAGCGGAGCUUGGGAGUGCCAGCAUUCUCAUUACUACGACAUCACAACACCGAGGAUGAUUCUAUUCAAACACUCCGCUCCAAGAUUGCAGAGAAGUGUGCUGUUCACGAAAAUCAAAUCGAAGACAUCUAUCCAUGCUCCCCUCUCCAAGAAGCCAUGAUAGCGGUCUCACAAGGGGGGAGGGAUAGUUACAUGACACAACUUGUUUAUUCGUUAGAUCCAGAGCUAGAUCUUCAAAGGCUCAGGCAAGCGUGGGACACAACUGUUCAGUCCAAUCCAGUCCUGCGCACUCGUCUCAUUCAAGAACCGCCUUACGGGAUGCUACAAUGUGUUAUUCAGAUGAGCGUUGACUGGGCAGAAGCGGACUCACUCGAAGCUUACGUGCUGGAGGACCGCAAAGACUCCAUGCUUGAGGCUGAUGGUCUCCUCCGCUCUGCCCUAAUCCACGAGGCGUCGUCGUCUAACCAACGAUAUCUGGUUAUUACAGUGCACCACGCCAUUCUUGACGCCACAUCCCUCACCUACAUCCUGGAUGACCUGGUCAAUGUUUAUAAUGGAGAGUCAGAUAGUCUCAAUAGACCAAUGUUCAACAGCUUUAUUCAACAAAUACAACAAACCGACAUGGGAGCCGCGGAUGAGUUUUGGUCUCGGCAAGUAAAAGAAGCCAGUUCUUCACCUUUCCCAGUCUUGCCAAACAAGGAAUUCAAGCCCAUCGCGUCUGCCCGCUUUGUUCGAUCUUUUCAAUUUGACUGGCAGAAUCCGUUUGAUCUUACCAAGUCCCUGCUGAUCAGAGCUGCAUGGGGGAUCUUGUUAUCCCUACGAUCACAUAACAGCGACGUGAGCUUCGCAGCAACGCUCAGUGGUCGUUCCGCGUUCGAGGGCAUUGUCAGAGAUGUUGCCGGCCCGCUGAUCACUGCUGUUCCAAUUAGAAUCGACCUUGAUGACGAUCUUACCGUGGCCGUUUUCCUGCAGCAGAUUCGGCAGCAGGCGAUCGAUAUGAUGCCGUUCGAACAAUACGGGAGCUUAAACGUUCGCCGACGCCACGGAGAUUCUGGCAUACGGGCCACUGACUUCCAGAAUCUCCUACUUGUGCAGAUGGAUUCUGAGGAUGUUGCCCGCGAAACGCUUGCCAGAAUUGGGGUUUCCCCAGUGGAGGGGGUUGGUCUACCAUUUGAAUAUGACUUUGCGCUUGUAAACGAAUGCACCCCAGCUCAAGAUUCCUACCGGGUCUGCUUAUGGUAUGAUCCUAGGAUUCUCACCGAGCAGUCAGUGGAAAUUCUGGCAUCACAGCUUCACGCGAUUCUUGAUCAACUAUGCCAUGCCGCGCCACAAACUCCAGUGCACGCUAUUCGAUGCUUCAAUGAAUUAGAUCGUGCGCAGAUCCAAAGUUGGAAUCAGUCUCAACCAAGUGCUGUCAGAGACACAGCCCAUGCCAUGUUCGAGCGACAGGCGUGGUUGACUCCGAAGGCUCUAGCCUUGCGCGCCUGGGAUGGGGAUAUGACAUUCGAAGAACUCAACUCCCAGUCUUCUAGGUUAGCCGCCCAUCUAGUCUCCCUCAACGUACGACCCGGCGUGUUAGUUCCUCUUUGCUUUGAAAAGUCCCGAUGGAUGACAAUUUCCAUUCUUGCUGUGCUUAAAGCAGGGGGUGCUUGGGUUCCUCUUGAUCAUAAAUUUCCCAUGGACCGAUUAAGACAAAUCACGAGGAUGGCCAAUGCCACACUUAUUGUGUGCUCCCAAAGUGCAGCCGAAAGGAUGAAGAACUUAUCUGAGACGGUCGUUGUAGCCGAGACGAUCUCCGAGCAGCCAGAUGUUUCUAUGCCCUCUUCACGCUCAAGUGCUGCAACUGACUCAUCGUCCGGGCCCGAUGACACUGCAUAUGUGCUUUUCACCUCAGGGAGCACUGGCGAACCCAAAGGAGUCGUGAUGUCUCAUGGUUCACUCUGUACCGGGAUCGUCGAACAGGGUCGCGCCCUUGGCUGCAGUUCAAAAUGGCGCUCUCUUCAGUUCUCUGCCCACACCUUCGAUCCCAGCAUCAGUGAAGGUCUCAUGACUCUAUGUCAUGGCGGGUGCGUCUGCGUCCCUUCUGAAGAAGCGCGACUGAAUGAUCUGCCGGGAGUUAUUCGCGAAUUAGACGUGAACUGUGCACAAUUGACCCCGUCAGUCGCCCAUGUCAUCAGCCCCGAGGAGGUCCCAUCGCUAAAGACCCUCAUAUUUGUCGGAGAAGCCGCCAACAGCGACAAUGUCGCCCGAUGGGCUGGUAAACUCCAGCUCAUUAACGCUUAUGGUCCUACUGAAACCUGCAUCUACUGUUCCGUCAAAGACGAUUUCACGACGAACACUAGUCCCACAUCCGUGGGAAAGGCAUGUGGUGGUAACAACUGGAUCGUGGAAGCAGAUAAUCAUGAGCAGCUUGCUGCAGUUGGCUGCGUGGGGGAAGUAGUCGUCUCCGGUCCCUCACUGGGCAAAGGGUAUUUGGACAAUGAGAUCGCAACAUCUGCGGCCUUCGUGACAUGUUCGUGGCUCAAGGGAAUGCAGCCUUUCGCAGCAUCAUCUAACCGAUUAUACCGCACGGGAGACCUGGCUUUCUACAACGUGGAUGGGUCCAUGCAGCUAGUCGGGCGAAAGGAUAAUCAGGUCAAGGUCCGGGGCAAUCGUGUCGAACUGGGCGAAGUAGAGCGUCGGUUAAACAGAUUGAGCUCAAUCACAACGAUCAUGGCCUGUGUCCCCAAAGCCGGUCCCCUACAGCGACAACUCAUCACAGUCUUCUCGUUAUCCGAGAACGAUUUAUCCAACCGCAAGGAGAUUACCCUUCGGUUAUCUGAUGACUUCUCUUCCCCUGGUACGAAAAGCUUCCUCAAACAGCUGAGAGAGCGAUUGUCCCGUGAGGUGCCAGGUUACAUGAUACCGUCUUAUUGGGUGGUUGUUGAGGAGAUACCGUUGAAUAAUUCUGGCAAACUCGAUCGAAAGGCUGUAAGACAGUGGAUAGAAGCUAUAGACGAGUCACAAGCAGCCUUGAUCACCCAGGAUAUUCUUAGCGAGUCCGACACCACAGACGAUAUCCCGGAACAACACACCGAUAUCUAUGAGAUACUCCGGAAAGUUUGGGGUGAGGUCCUUGACUUUGAAGUGGAUAGGAUUACUCCCCAUACUUCCUUCUUCACCUUGAAUGGCAACUCACUAUCGGCCAUCAAAGUCGUGGCAUUGAGUAAAAAGCACGGAUUGAACUUCACAGUCCAGGAUCUUCUGUUAGGUAGAACCCUAGCGAGGCUUUGCGAGGUCGUCGAAGUACUCGAUAACAGCGCGAGUUCGGCUACCGAAUUUUCUCUUGCGCCGUCCCAGGAAUACCUACUCUCUUUAUAUGAUGAUUCAACCGCGAAUAUACCAGAGCACCGCAGCUCUUUGCUUCAAACGCUUCUUCCGGGCGGUACUGACAACGUGGAGGAUAUAUAUCCUUGCUCUUCCAUGCAGUUGCACAUAUUGCAAUAUCAGUCCCACAAUUCCCGUUUGUUUUCGCUGGAACUGACCUUCGAGAUUGGCUCAAACACGGCUUCUCCUAUUGACCCAGAACGGCUUGCGGAAGCCUGGGAAAGGAUAGUUAAUAGACACAGCAUCUUAAGAACAGUCUUCGUUCAACCCGGUGCAAAUAACACUCCAGUUCAGGUGGUUCUCCGGACUAUUGCAAAUACGGUAUCAAUCCGAGACCCUUUGGACCCAGUCGAAGAGAGUCCAAGUACCAUCCCGCAUGGCAGACUACCCCGCUUGACGAUUUUCGCGUUGCCCUCAGGAGCUGUGUCUUGUGAAUUGCAAAUCAGCCAUGCGUUGACUGACGGAUGGACCAAUUCGCUCUUUCAACGAGAGCUUGUACAGGAGUAUCUCAACUUUGACCAUCAUGGCCCCGUUACGCCGUAUCGGUCUUUCAUUGCACGCAGCGUGGCCACAGACAAGGAGACUGAUGUAGCUUUCUGGGUGGAGAGGUUGAAAGACUGUAGUCCUUGCAGUAUAAAAUGCCUCACCCCUGGUCCUGUCUUUGACCCUUCCAGCCCUGCUUCGGUUUGUGCCCUGGACCUACCGAGUACUCUUCUCGAUGACUUCUCCAGCUUCUGCAAUUACAAUGGAGUGACUACAACAACAGUGAUUGAUCUGGCAUGGGCCUUGACAUUAGAGGUCCUAACAAACAAUAGUGAGGUUCUCUAUGGUCACAUAGUCUCCGGCCAAGCUCGCAGCCUGCCGGAACUAUAUACAACCGCUGGCCCAACGUUGAAUAUGCUGGCCACACGCAUCAACCUCAGUCAGAAUACUCUUCCAGAGAUGGCACAUGCGCUCCAGGCGUUCAAAUUGGAAGCCCUCAACCACGAUUCUUGCAGCCCCUCUGAGCUUGAGCAAGUCUUGGGCACAACACAUCUAUACAACACCGCCGUGAAUAUCUCCCUGGAUCAUCAGCCACUGCCAGACUCAGAACUCUACUUGAGACAUAUUAGCUUGGAGGACCCUUGGGAUGUAAGUUGCCCAUUUCUAUAACCGCCUUCCGUGCGUGGUAUUCUAACUACUUGUUGAGAUACAGUUGGACAUCGUUCUGCGUGCAUGGACAGUCAAGGAGACCAUUUACUUUCGGGUCGAAUACAAGCCCUCGGAAUUCUCGUUCCAUGAGAUCGGCAGAAUUUCAGAUUGUUUCUGGGCUCAUUUGUGUCUCUUCGCCCGACAGCAGCUCAACAGCCAAACUUUCUAUCAGAGAAUAGCCACCCGUGUGGCGUUGCUAGCCCAGGGAAGAUAGUAUAGAUAGUAUAUGGUUUCUUGGAGGGGAGUUACAUAUUUUCAGUUAAUAGAUCACUUAGAGUAUGAGUUUUUUUUUUGUAUACAAAUUGUUAUUGCGAUAUUAUUUUUGUCAAUUCUAGUACUCG